AUGAGAAACAGGGCUACCACGAAGCUGAGCAAGCCGAAAAUCCGGCAAUCAUGGAGCAAGUACAACCUGUAUAACCUCAACCGCCUCCGCGACCCCCCGACGCAAAUGAGAACCUUCUUCCAGCAAAAAUGGACGGCCAAGUCUAUGGCCCGCGCGUAUCACGGUGAACAGGUCCGCGAGAGUCAAUGGACGCGCAUGUUCUCCCGCCGCCUCCGCAGCGUCGUGCCUAUGAAUCCCUGGAAACUGGCGCGGGAUGAUGGAUCGGGCGCGGCUGCUGGUCGAGGAUCAGGCCUGGACCCCUUGAAACCGACUGUCAAGUCUGAUGUGGGACCCCCGACGCCGUAUACGAACAUGACUUUUGCUCCGCUGGAGCGUCGGCUGGAUGUUGCUAUCUUCCGUGCUCUGUUUGCUAGCAGUGCGAGACAGGCGAGGCAAUUUGUUCUGCAUGGCGCUGUGACGGUUAAUGGCAAGAAGAUGAGAUACCCUGGUUACCUCCUUAACCCCGGCGAUAUGUUCCAGGUCGACACUGAACGUGUUAUGUUUGCUACUGGUGCACCAAAAGACAAGUUCGAACGCCGGGAGGCUCGUGUUGAGCGGAAGAAGGCGGCUAAGACAGAGGAGGCAGAGGGCGAGGGCGAAGGUGAGGAGCCGAAGGAGCCCAAGGAAAACGACACGGAAGUCGAAGCCAAGGACGCCGAAGCCGAGAAGCUCGAUACGCGCGAGACGCUGAAGAAGCUCCUCACCCAGGCCAAGACCAUCAUGUCGAAAGACAAGGACGACCUCGCCGCCAAACGCAAGCAGGAACUGCGUGGCUUCCAGAAGGCCGUUCGCCGAGUGAUGUCGCGAGCCGGUAGCUCCCAAUCAGUUCUGACCGAUAACCUCGAGACCCAGUUCUCGGAGCUUAUGAAGCUUCUCAAGGCUACAAAAAUCCAGGAUAAGGGUACCAAGGGAACCAAGAAUUCCAAAUCCGAAUCCGCGUCUCCAACCGAGUCUGAGACUAAGGAUGCCGAAGAGGCUACUGAAUCCGCUGACAGCGAGAAGCCAACAGAGGCACUCACCGAGGCCUUCCGCCAAGCAACACAGAACCCAGAAGGAGAGGUGGACACAUCAGAGCUGACGGAGGAGGAAUUCGAUGUGCUCAAGCGCGCCCUCGUCCAGAUGCGCAACAACCCCAUCGACAACACCAAGCCCUACGCUACACCCUGGCGGCCACGAGACUUCAUGGGCGCUUUCGCUUUCAUCCCCCGGUACCUAGAAGUCAACCAGAAUAUCUGUGCCGCCGUAUACCUCAGACACCCAGUUGCUCGACCCGGACUUUCAGAGGUCCCGACGCCGUUCUCCGAAAGGGUAUCGACCGGUGCCUUCUCCUGGUACCUGAGGCGGCGCUAG